AUGCGAAUGCCUAAAGAAGCCGUUCGACCCUUCGAAAGAUCUCUUCGGUUUGACAAUUUGACUAUUGACGUUGCAGUGGCAUUUUGGAUUCCAGGAAACGGUGCUUUUGGUAUUUGGGGUAGAGCUUGGGAAGAAAAGGGUCGAAUAAAAGGUUUAUUUAUUGCUGGGAAUACAGUGAAAGUAUUAAGUCAAGGUUUUCGAUUGCUAAUCUACAAAGGUUCCUCCAGCGCUAAUGGAUUUAGAUUUGCAUGGAUUCGAGUAAAAGACGUUGAUCACGGAACUGUUGUAUUCUCAGGGCCGAAUUCGCACGUAGCUGCUGUAUUUGCCGAUAAGGAAAAAAAUAAUGAAUUCCUUGGUGACGCAAACUGGCCAAAAAAACGAAUGGAAUAUGUGAAUUACGGUAUGAAUGAAACACACACGGUUGGUAACUAUGGUGGCAAAAGGUAUUUUGAUGAAGAUGUUUAUGUACUCACCAAACAAAGAUGUAAUUGCUCAUGCUAA